AUGCAUGUAAUAACUUUUUCACUUUUUCCCAAGUUCAUCAUUAGUGUGCACUUGGUCACCUUCGCAUUUAUUGUGACGACGGCAACGAUCGACCCCUCUGAGCUCAUUUUGAGACUGCAGAAGUCCUCUGGAAUUCUACCACAGUUCCACCAAGCGCAGCAUCUGCAUGUAAUUGAAAACCUUUUCUGCAACAUAUGCGAAAUUAAAGUCACCGAUCAGAAGACGAAGCACUGUAGAAUAUGUAACAAGUGUGUUUUGAAAUUCGAUCACCAUUGUCGCUGGCUCAACACCUGCAUUGGUUCGAGGAAUUAUCGGUAA